CUCACGUCCCAUCACCCCUCAGCUCAGCAGCCCGGGCCAGUGCCGCACUCGUCCUGCAGGAGGCGCUCGAGCAGAAGAGAGCGAUCCCUCUUUCCCUCCUCCACUUGAAUCAUCUCCCCCCAGUGCUGGAGAGAGAGGAGGAAGGGGAGUGAGAGAGAAUCCUGUGACAGAUCAGAGCGUGGAGGAACUUCACAACACUGAGGAGAGGAAGAGCAUCAGAGGUCCAAGCCGCCGCCGCCGCCGCCGCCGCUUCCUGCCUCCACACAGAAGGUACCGCGUGAGCGUGCACGGCUGCCGCCUCGUCCUGUGGAGGAGUUGUGCGUUCUCUCUCCAGAAGAACUUCCUGUCACAGCCGCCGAGCAAGGAUGCUGUCGGAGAAGGACAAGGAGCUGAUCCGGGGGAGCUGGGAGAGUCUGGGCAAGAACAAAGUUCCUCAUGGCGUCAUCAUGUUCUCCAGGCUGUUUGAGCUGGACCCCAACCUGCUGGGUCUCUUCAACUACAACACAAACUGUGGCUCCUCGCCGGAGUGUCUGUCCAGCCCUCAGUUCCUGGAACACGUGACCAAGGUGAUGCUGGUGAUCGACGCCGCCGUCAGCCACCUGGACGACCUGCACACUCUGGAGGACUUCCUGCUCAACCUGGGGAGGAAGCACCAGGCUGUGGGUGUCAGCACCCAGUCCUUCGCUGUGGUGGGCGAGUCCCUGCUGUACAUGCUGCAGUGCAGCCUGGGGCCCGGCUACACGGGGCCGCUGCGGCAGGCCUGGCUCAACAUGUACAGCAUCGUGGUGGCGGCCAUGAGCCGCGGCUGGUCCAAGAACGGCGAGGACGAGGCGGACUGAGGCGGCGGCGGCGGGCGGAGCCGCCUGAUCAAGGUUGCCAUGGUUGCGUCACACGUGGCGGUGAGGCUUUGGUUUACAUAGCGUCGCCGCGGAUGGCGCGGUUACACUUACAACCGCGGGCUUUAUUUUCUUUGCCGCGGCUGUUUAGCGAGCGGGCGAACGCCGCCUGGCGAGGGGCCGGAGCUCGUUGUAUAUAACACACUCGAUAUAUAUCUACGACACGUGGUGAUGUUUGUGAUGUUUCGGUUGACGUUCACUCCACACACGACUGAAACUGUGACGGGCUCCUGUGGCCUUCAGCCGUCAAUCACGUGGCAAGACAAAAGCAAUUCGAAUAUCUCCUGACAAGAACUGUUCCGAUGAUAGCUUUGAUUUCGCGACUGUUACGGCCAUUGCCGCCACUCUCUCUCGCAUCCUCGCGACUGUUACACUCGAUACGACUGUUAGCUCUGACGUUCUCGGUCGACCUCUCUGUUCAGUGGGUGUUCGUGUGGACCUUGUGUAUCUCAGUGUGCUUUCUCAACUGCUUCGUGUUCUGCAGCCACUUCUGUACAUUCGUGGUCUCAAUGCCAAGUAUCCUAGCAACCGUGUGGCCGCGACACCAACUCAACUGUUGAUCCAAGCUGCUGAUUUGAAUCGCUUUACAUCCACAAAGUUUAUUUUUGUACUCCCACUCUCUCCGGAUCGACAUGCUUUCAAAGUGGCAGCUGAUUUAUAUUUCCUAAAAAUGAAUAUAGAAAGUAGAGUAUUCUAUCUUGUACUAUCCGUGUCGGUGCCGUGCUUCUGCUGUUUCUUCUCGUCGUUCAUUGCGCUGGACAUCGGUGUGUAGAACGGGUGUGUCACUGUCUACCUCAUCAGUGUUAGCUGCUAGCCAACAGCCACGACGUCACCCAGCUUUCUUUGACCAAAAACUCUCCCUGUACCUUCAAAUAAAGUGAUCUGUCGGUAUGUUUUGCUUGUUCUUGCGCGGGUCUCUGGUUAGCUUUGUGAUGCUAACUCAGUUAGCAUCAGAAUGGUCUUCAGGCUUAUCCUUACAGAAGGGUAUAUAUGACCAUUUCAUCAUUUCAU